AAACCGGAAAUGGAGAUCCAGAAAGGUUGAUUGAAAGAGGUUUAGAUUAGAAAGCUAGUAAUCCCGUUAUACUAAUCUAAUUUAACUUCUUCGCACCAUAAUAAAUUUUAGCAUGACUUCAUCUGACAGCUUUCGACCUUUUGUAAAAAAACCCUCAGGAGUGUCACGGCAGCUUAGUAAGGAUGAGGUGGGGCAGCAAGCACGAGUUCUUCUCAAUCAGUUUAUACAGGACCGCCUGGCAAGUGAGAGGGAGGAGGAGCAAGUUUUACACAUGGAGGAUCUGCAGGACCCCGGCACACCAACAGGCCCUCCCUUAGAAUAUGUUCGAGAAAUUGGUCGAGCUCUACGUUGUAUAGGAGAUGAGCUGGACAGAAAUGAACAAAUUCAGAAUCUGUGUGACCAAGUAAAUCCAAGUGCAAACCAUGAAACUUUCUUAAAUGUGGCCAAUAGUUUUUUUGCGGAUGGUGUGUACAACUGGGGUCGAGUUGGAUGUCUGUUUUACUUUGCCUAUAAAAUGGCUGUCAAGGCUCUAAGCAAAAUAAAUCUGAUCAGGUCCAUAGUGAAUUGGGUGGUAAAUUUUAUCACAGACUACGUGGCUGGUUGGAUCAUAGAAAGGGGAGGCUGGGAUGCUAUUGUGGAAUACUUUGGGACUCCUCAGAAUCAGUUUUAUGGAAUAGCUUUCCUAGGAGUGGGUGUGUGUGCUGGUCUGUACCUCUGGAAGCAGUUUAAAUAAACAGGAAAAACAUUAGAAGGUGGAACUUUAUAAUAAUUUUUUUUGUUCAUGUACAUGUAUUCAGUGUAACUGUAACUUUUUUCUUGUAAAAUCUGGAUGUAAACAAUGAUAAAAUCAUGAAAAUGAUCAGUUUUAACGAAAUUCAAUCAAGUUAGACCCACAAAUUAAUUGAACUACAUGUAUCCUUUACAAUUUUUGUACAUCAGUCUUGGUUUAAACAUUUAUUAUUUUCUUCAGAACAUGCAAAACAUUGAAAAAAAUUUCAUGUUUUUUACAAAGGUACAUGGUACAAUUUUGUUCACUUAAGGAUAGGCUUUUACAAUAAAAUUUUCAUUUGAAAUUUUGAUGUAGCACAGAUUGCACAGUACGCAUAUUUGAGUUGUUCUUUUUCAAAAACUCUUUGCUACGAAAGAACUCACUGAGAGAUUUCUGCUUGCCAGGUCCACUAAUGUGGUACUUUCUAUUUAGUAUAUUAGGAAGUGAAUAUUGUCAAUUUAAUUGACUUAGUAAUUUGGUUGUUUGUGUCUUAGCUAAAUGGCUUUCACUUUUAAGAUCAUGUUUCACCAACUGCUGAGGACUACUCUAAGAAAUGUCUGAAAGACAUGAAGAGAAAUAUGCAGAAUCCCUCAUUAAUCUGCCAUAUUAAGUACAAUAUUGUGAGUUUUUUUUUUUAUUUAUAAGUGCUUUGAUACUGUUUUAAUGCCAUGGCUUCAUCUGCCAAGUGUUUCAUGUAGGACAUUAUGCCAAGUGUUUCAAGUAGGACAUUGAUCAGUUCAUUUUCUUGUCGAUUGUAAAGUUUUGGGUUUAUAGAUUUGGUGUAUGAAUGUACAUUUUAUUAUUAGAUGCAAAUAAUGCUUUUUUAAAAUUCUCUAGAUUCUAUAAAUCUCAGACUUUUUUUCUCUUCAAAUUUUCUGGAGAGAAUUGAGAUAAUGUGAUCAUCUUUCGCAAUUUCAAUGUUCAGGAAGAACCAUUGUAUACUUGUUAUCAAGGGUUUUUGUACAACCUUGCUAAUUACAUGAUGUUACAGAAAUUUAUUUUGUGAAGAUAAAUUAAAAUUUUUGUGAAUGCUUUAAAAAUUUAAAAGUUACCAUAGAAGCAUAUGAAACAUCAAAUAUGUAAAUGUUCCUAUAAAAAGCAGGAAUAAUUUGUGCAAUGUAGUUCACUGAAUUGUAGCAUUAAUAUUACUUUAACAAAUUACUUUGUAAAUAUGACUGUAAUGUCUUUAAUGCUCAAAUUAAAAAUAAGUACAGAUAUUAUCUUUUAAGAUGUACUUGUCUACUCAGUCAAGCUGCAGGAACAAUUAAAUGCAGGGUGCAAGGGCAUUGUGUUGUCAGAUGUGAUACAAUUUCAUAGUCAUACAGUCUUACUAUCAACACUUCUUAUGUGAAAUUGUAUGAGAGUAUAUCAUCAGUGAUUUUUGUUUAAGGAAGUGUGCACUAGUUUAUUGUGUACCAACUAUAUACAUGUAAUUAUGAAUGAUUGAGGUGUGUGCAUGUUUUAAUUACAUGUAAAUUACAAAUGUAUGUGUAAUAAAAUAUUUAUGUACUGAGA